AAUACACGUACAAAUUGCUACCAUUUCAACCAAAAUUACAUGUGAACAACAGCAAACUACAAACGCCAAACGGUGAUCUUUACUCACUUCAUUUCACGUAGUUGUGAUUCCAAGCACCGACUCUCAGAAUAAUCUUCUAUCAAGAUCAGUUGCGUCUACCAUGGGUCUCAUUCAGAAGAUAGGAAGUGUCAUAGAACAUCACGGUACUAUGAAAGGUGACCCAGUGAAAAUUGUUAUCCGAUCUGAUGCGCAACCGUAUUGUGUUACGACUGCUCGACGAAUACCGUUCGCUCUUAUGCCGAAAGUGAAAGCAGAACUCGACAAACUAGAAAAUGAUGGUAUCAUUCGUAAAAUUAAUGAACCUACUGACUGGUGUGCACCAAUUGUUCCAGCAACAAAGAAAAACGGUGAUGUGCGUAUUUGCAUCGAUCUGAAGCGUCUUAACGAAGCCGUUAAACGUGAGUACUACAUGCUACCGAAUCUGGACGAUAUCUCUCCGAAAUUAAGCGAAGCGACCAUAUUCUCUAAAUUGGAUGCAGCAUCAGGAUUUCAUCAACUUAAACUGCACGAGGACAGUCAAAAAUUGACUACAUUUAUUACUCCUUUUGGAAGGUACUGUUACACGCGCAUACCGUUCGGAAUCUCGUCAGCACCCGAGAUAUUCCAAAGGCGCAUGGGAGAAGUACUAUCUGGGUUGGAAGGCGUAGAGUCGAUAAUAGAUGACGUCAUCAUCUAUGGAUCUUCACGCAAUGAACACGACCGCAGAUUAAAAGCAGCAUUGGAUCGUAUUAGAGAUGCAGGGAUCAAGCUAAAUCCCAACAAGUGCGAAUAUCGAAAGGAGAAAAUUGAAUAUUUUGGACACAUCAUCUCGAAAGAUGGUGUUCAACCUAGUCCAGAACGUGUGCGCUCUAUUCUGGAUUUGCCACCACCGACUAACAUCAGUGAGUUGCGUCGUAUUAUCGGGAUGAUCAAUUAUCUUGGUCGAUUUGUUCCUGAUCUAUCCAGUAUCAUGAACCCUAUCAAUAAUCUGUUAAAAUCAGACACAGCGUGGACUUGGGAUGAAUCUCAGCAAAGUGCGUUUGACCGUGUGAAGAAACUCAUUACAGAAGCGCCAGUACUUGCAUUUUACGAUAUGACUCGACCCACUAUCGUUAGUGCGGAUGCAAGUAGUUUCGGUAUCGGUGCAGCGCUAUUUCAAGUUGUGGAUGGAGAGACUAAACCAAUCGCAUUUGCGUCUCGCACACUUACCGAGGCAGAGCGUAAAUAUGCGCAAAUUGAGAAGGAAUGUUUGGCCGGAGUGUGGGCAUGCGAGAAAUUCGACCGAUACCUCAUGGGAAUUGGAUCAUUCGAACUGAUUACGGACCAUAAGCCGUUAGUACCGCUGAUUAAUACUCAAGAUCUCAAUAAAGCGCCAUUGAGAUGCCAGAGAUUACUGAUGAGAUUACGUAGGUACAAUGUCGUAGCGAAACAUGUUCCAGGAAAACAGCUCGUGGUUCCGGAUACGCUUUCGAGGAGUCCUCUCAAUAUCAGUGAUCAAAGCAAUACUGUUGAAGAUGUUACCGCAUACGUAGCGUCCGUGGUCAAUACGAAACCAUUAUCAGAUAAGAAAUUGGAAGAAAUUCGUAACGAAACAUCUUCAGAUCCGAUUCUACCUGACGUCAUGAGAUACACUAUGCAAGGUUGGCCGCAAAAAGAAAAUUCAUUGUAUGCGGAGUUGAAACCAUAUUUCGCGCCAAGAUUCGAAUUCUCAGUGUCUGAUGGUAUACUGUUCUAUAGAGACAGACUAGUGAUUCCAGAAUCCCUGAGAGCUGAUGUACUCGCAGCGAUACAUACAGGCCAUUUGGGACUGAACAAGUCAAGAGAGCGUGCAAAGUCAUCAGUAUGGUGGCCUGGAUUAUCAAGUGAUUUGGAACAUUUGAUCAGGUGUUGCGAGUUUUGUAAUACCAACCGUCCGUCACAGCGUAGUGAGCCACUUAAAACUACUCAGCUUCCUAGUCGUCCCUGGGUAAGGGUUGGAGCUGAUCUUUGCGAAUUACAGGGCAAAAAUUACCUUGUAGUGAUGGAUUACUUUUCUCGGUAUUUGGAGAUUGCCUACCUGGACAAUAUCACAAGUAAUUACGUAGUUGGCAAAUUAAAGAAUAUGUUUGCCAGAUGGGGCAUACCCGAGGAACUUGUUAGUGAUAACGGUGGACAGUUCAGUUCGAAAUCAUUCAGACAGUUUUCGAUUGAUUAUGGAUUUCAUCAUACAUUCUCCAGUCCUCAUUAUCCUCAAGCAAAUGGAGAGGCAGAGAGUGCGGUUAAAGUAGCCAAACGAAUACUCAAACAGCCGGAUGUAUUUCUAGCCCUAAUGGCUUACCGCAGUACCCCCGUACAUGCGACAGGUACUAGUCCAUCUGAACUCAUCAUGGGACGUAAAAUCAGAACUACCGUUCCGAUUUGUUCUGACCAACUAGAGCCUGGAUGGCCGGACCUAGGAAAAGUUAGGGUAAAGGACAGACAAUCCAAACACAGGAUGCGUGUAAACUUCAAUCGUAUGCAUGGAGCUCGCACUUUAAAACCACUUUACGUAGGUGACCGUGUUAGGGUGAAAACUGAUAAAGAAAAGUCUUGGGAUGAGGCAGGAAUCGUCACAUCUGCUGAUUACGCGAACCGCUCAUACUUUGUGAAAACUCUCAGUGGAGACCUCAGGAGAAAUCGUAAGCACUUGCUUCAUGUCAAUGAUGAAAUGCAAGAUUCAUCUGUGCCAAGUGAUUUUCAGUGUUCUUCCGCUAUGGAACCGGAACCGGAAAUUCCGAUGGGGAACCAGAAUUCAGAGGAAUCGCUGUGUACCGAAACAACCACACCACUUACCAAUGAAACUCCGAGUGUACCUGUUACGAACAUUCCACAGAGUAGCACUCCACCAGCUACCGUAAGGCGUAGUGGUCGCGAAAUAAAACGCCCCAAAUACCUAAGUGACUAUUUGCUGUGAAUUUAUUCAUAAGUCAUGUCAGACAUUUUGAACAGUUUUGCUAUUUUGCUAUUCAUUUACUUUAAUGUACAUGGUAUUCAUUUUUGCACAUUUCACUGGAAGUGAAUAGAGACAUUACACAGUUGUAUGUAAUUAUGUUAUAAAGACAGUCAACUCUAAUCAUUAUAUAAAGAUAUUUUGAUACAUUGAAAAAUUCAAUUCCUAUGUACUGUACAUCUAUUUUUGCUUCAACUAUUCCUAAUUUUGGUAAAGAUAAAUUUUUGAGAUUUAUAAUCUUAAGGAAGGAGAUGUUUAUAAUAUAUUAAUAGCAUAAUACAUUUAAAGAUUAUUUCCCAGUUUGAAUUUCCCGCGAUAUUUCAUGUGUGUAUUGAACUAUUCCCAGAAUGCACUGUAUUUUGUUUGACUGCCAUCUUUAUUAAACUUGUUAGACUGUUCACACGUGUUUCUCGAUCCCCCGCACUAAACAGUGCAUACCCUGAAGACUAUCUGUAAAUAAGGAGUUAGAUUAUCUGUUGAUGAUGUAAAACAUGUCAUGGUAUGGAAUUUCGCUCCUGGCAGUGACAAUUCUCAUUACGGCGAAUGGCGAUUCAGAAAGUG